UGAUUACAUGGUUGGCCGCAGGUAUGACGACAGGUUCACGGUCAACGAAAGAUGCGCACACUGUGCGGAACAAAACACUGUGGCGCCGGCUCACGUUGUAUCAUCGCUUGUGCCGUGCAUACAAAUUGCAUCAUCACUCGCAUUAUCACUCGGGAAGGCAACCGGACCUGAGUUAUUGACAGUUUUGAUGGACUUUUGAUAAUUAUUUCAAGAGGCAGUGACCAGUAUGGUCUGACCGUAGCCGGACACGAUGUGCUUCAUUUUGGCCAUGCAGAGUUUGAACUCGCAGCUUAUAUGAGGUGAUGCAGAGGGAUCGGCUUAUAUAGACAAACAGCCAGUUCAAGGGGUGCUAGUCAGGAGCCAUAAACCCAUGCCACGUAGCCAGUUUUAUGCCAUCGGAACGCGCACUAAAGACCAUUGUCCUUGGUAAAAGUCUGGCACAUCUUCACGAUGAAGGGAGGUGCCUCAAGUCACUGCGAUAUCGUCGUCAGAAACAGCUUGGCUCGAGGCAUGCUGGCCGAGAUGGCGGGAACUUUCAUCUUAGUCUUAUUCGUGGAUGGUGGGCUAGCUCAAGGCGUGGUCAGCGGCUGGACAUCAGGAACACCCGUCUCGACUUCGCUUACCACAGGGAUGGGCGUGGCUUUUGGAAUCUACACUAGUAUCGGGAUAUCAGGAGGUCACGUGAAUCCAUCUAUUACCAUCGGCCUGGCGUCAGUGGGGAAGUUUGCCUGGCGAAGGGUUCCUCUGUGGAUUACAGCCCAACUGAUAGGCGCACUGGCCGCGGCAGCAGUGGUGUUCGGAAUAUAUUACCCUGCAAUUGAAAACCUGGACGGUGGGAACCGGACAGUAUUCGGUCCGACCGGAACAGGGGUCAUUUUCUGCACGUACCCACAACCUUACCUCGGUGUCUGGGUGGGGCUGGUAGAACAGAUACUCAACACGGGUCUCCUGUUGCACUGCACGAUGAUGUUUUUCGACGAGAGAAACGGCAAACCGACCAAAGGGAUGGAGCCGUUCUUUGUGGGUCUGUCUGUGGCCGUGAUCAUCCUGGCCUGGGGACACAACGCCGGGGCGCCCAUGAACCCAGCCAGGGACUUGGCUGGUAGGUUCCUGUCAUGGCUGGUCGGCUACGGAAGCGAAGUGUGGAUGCCUUACAAAGCGCACUGGUGGUUGGUUUCUACCUUCGUGCCGCUAGCCGGCGGAAUCUGCGGUGCCUACUUUUACGUUUUGUUCGUUAAGAGGCAUCACCCGGGCAAUCUCGCCCAGGACUACCAGAAAGUCCAACGUAGCCCACCUGCUGACGAGCUCGGAACGUCACACACAGUUUGUCAAACGGAGCUGGAUGAUAUAUUGUAGGAUACCGCGCCCGGUGUGUAUGAAGCAUGUAGACAGACAGACUUUCCCAUAGGGUCACAGUGUCCAUGCAUAUCGGAACAUCGGGAAGCUGGCUUAGUUUUGGACAAUGAUUUAUCUUCAAACAUACGUGCAUGUGUAAAACGUCAUCUCACUCCUGCAACGCGAGUUCGUGAAACCUCUCUUUGGUAUUAACUGGGAGACGAGUUCAACGUGUAUGCAGGCACAGGUUGAUGGCCGAUACAUACUCGACGAGAGGAUUUUAAUAGUACCGAGUGUCUGGGCCACGGUUCCUUUUCUGUACGAAUCUAAACAGAAAACAACUAUGUGUGUCCGGCAAGUUUAUUUUUUUUAAAGAAUGUUUGCAUGACCUGAAAAUUUGGAUCUCCCUCAUUGACAAUUACCAGAGAAGAAUGUGACAGAGAAAUUCUCAAAGUUACGAUAUGAGGAACUACUAGUUGAGGAAUAGUGUAUGUCGCCCUCUCGUGAUGGCCGUUGUUGGGUUCACCGGAAGCCGCACCGUAGUUUUAUUUGCCUCCAACUGACCGUAUACCCUACACAUAAUAUUUAUAUAGUGUUUUAUUUAUUUGGUAUGUUUGGUAUAGGUUAUACUAAAUGUAAUAAUUAUAGCCUGUAGAGAAGUAUAUCUUGAUGAGAAAUAUAUCAAAUCUUUUUGGCUAUGAUUUUUGUGUUAACCUCGUGUUUGGCACCAGUGUACUUGAUAGGUUGAGAGGAAAUUGACAAACUUGUAUUCGAGUCACAAAACAUCGAGUCCGAGUCACCUCGUCCGAGUCCCGAGUCAUGCAGGUCGAGCCCGAGACACGAGUCAUUUGCCACCGUGACUCGAGUGCGAGUCCGAGUCACGAGUCAUACGACUUAUUACAAGUCUGAAAAUUUAGCCUUUUCAUUCUUACACUACGAAAGCACAAAGACCUGAAAUAAAAUACUAUGUUUUAGUAUUCAAGAAUUCGCUAUUAGCGAUCUUCUGUAACCUUAUGUUGGGCACGUCAUAAGGCGGAGACUGAUGUCAACCUGAAA